AUGAUAUCCUUCUUAUACUAUUCUUUGAAGUCACAACUGGUUUUCAUAUUUGAAAAUCAAGGUGGGCUUGACAUGCUGGAGACAACUCUAGUGGCUCUACAAGACAUCACAUUGGAUAAAUUGUUUGAUGAAUCUGGAAGCAAGGCAUUGUGCUCCGAUUUUUCCAAGUUAAUGCAGCAGGGAUUUGCUUGCUUGCCUGCGGGAAUCUGCAUGUCAACAAUGGGACGUCAUGCUUCAUAUGACCAAGCUUUUGCCUGGAAAGUCCGUGAAGCUGAUGAGACCACUGUCCAUUGCCUCGCCUUCUCGUUUGUUAACUGGUCUUUAUGUGAGAAAACAGCUGUAAUUUAUGUCUGAAAAACCAAGCUUUACAAGUAGCUGCCCAUGGAAAAUGGAAACGAUAACAGCUCAGAAAGAGAAGUUAAAACGAAAUGAACAGGGAAAAAAGUUUUGUAAUAUGGAAGGCACCCAGUUCAGGCUUGCAUUUUAUUAAUUUAAUUAAAUUUUUUAAUGCA